UUAUUUUUUUGAGAUAGUAACUUGAAGACCUUAUAUUGUUUUAAUAUCCUUAUAUUUUAUGUUUAUCCUUUAGUCUACUUUAAUUUCUUCCAUGGCAUUCUCCUCGUUGCUUCAAUGGUGCUUGAUCUUUGUACUUUUCCGGUCGGCAUUCGCACAAUUGUCUGAAGACUACUAUGCAUUAACAUGUCCACAGGUUAACUCUAUUAUUAAAGAUGAAAUGACAAACAUCUUAAGGAAAGAACCUGGCAUGGGUGGAUCUCUUGUACAUCUUCAUUUCCAUGAUUGCGGAGUUAGUGGAUGUGAUGCAUCAAUUUUGCUCGAUGAUACACCAAGUGUGGCUGGGGAGAAAUCUGCCGCACUUAAUCAAAAUUCAACAUGGGGAUACGAAGCCAUUGACCAGAUUAAGGCCCGGGUAGAAAAAGAAUGCCCAGGUAUUGUAUCAUGUGCUGAUAUCUUAACCGUGGCUGCUCGAGACUCAAUUGUUGGGCUUGGUGGACCAACUUGGACAGUACCGUUAGGAAGGAAAGAUUCGCUUGAACCACAUAGAUUUAUGACUAACCUCUUAGGUGCUCUCUUUAUUGGGAAUUUAGAAACACUGAUUCUUGCCUUUAAACUAAAAGGCUUCUCAACUGAAGAAUUUGUGGCUUUAACAGGCUCUCACACAAUUGGUAGGGCAAGGUGCACAACCUUUCGAAAACGUAUCUACGAGGAAACAAACAUAGAUCCUAGCUUCGCGAAGGCAACGCAAGUACAUUGUCCUAGGCAAGGCAACGAUGGCGAUCGUAUACCAAUCGAUUGCACCACUCCAUACGUGUUUGACAAUGCAUACUUCAAAAACUUGAUGCAACAAAAAGGUCUUCUUGACAUUGAUCAAGAGCUAUACACCGGAAAGGGUGGGCCCGCGGAUGCCAUUGUUGCUAAUUAUAGUGCAAAUCAAGAUAACUUUUUCAAGGAAUAUACCACAGCAAUACUAAAGUUCGGACAAAUAGGUGUUCUUACCGGAAACGAUGGAGAGGUUAGAAUUAAUUGUAGGAAGGUCAAUGCUCCGAAAGCUUGAAGCUUGCUAUAGAAUGUUCAAGUUCUUGUAUUUAGUUAAUACGAGCCUUUGAACGUGUGUCAUGCACGUGUUAAAUAUAAAAGAAAACAUGUAUGAUUAUUACUUGUAUGAUUGUAAAUUUGUAAUUUCAAUCAUCGAAAAGGUGUACACAAGUUACUAUCUCUAUUUCUAUUCAAAAAAAAAAAAAAAAAAAAAAAACCCUAUAUUUGGUGAUACGUACUUUAAUUUAUUUCAAUAUGUUUUAUUAUGAAACUCUAUUAACGUUGAGUUAAUUGCUCAAAUACAACUUAUGCAUACUUUAAUGCAAGAAGUGAAUUAAGCUAUUAAGACAUUUGCAAUACAUGCAAUACAUUAAGGGGCCAUUUGGUUCACACGGGGUAAAUGGAAUGGAAUGAACAUAGGGAAUCAAAGGGAAUGGAAUGAAACCCUUUCCAUAUACUAUGUUGUUUGUUUUUAAAAAUCAAAGGCAAUCACUACCACCAUUGCACAACCGCUCUUUCCCACUUCUCCAACCACUCAACCGCCCAGCCACCACCUCACCGCUUGUUGCAGUACCUCCCCCAUCAUCACCGCCCGUCUUCGCACCCUCCCCACCUCUCGCCGCCCCUCCAUUCCCCUCCAGAAACCUUCCCCCACCCACGAAAAACCCUUGAAACCCAGCCUCAUCCCCUUAUAA